AGGCAGUGGGCGUGGGGGGUAAGGCUUCCUGAGCGCUGCCCCCGGGCCCUGCCCAGAGCCCGAGGGCCUUCAUUAGGCCUCAGCACUUAUCUUGGAACCACAGCUGCAGACAGAGAGUCCCAGCCCUGCUCUCGGCCUGCCCUGAGCGCACAGCGCCAUGGGGAACUGCCUGCCCCGGGUGGAAUCGUCCCUCGCCGAGAACAGAAGUCAGUUGUUUUUUGAAGACUUUGCUUGGAAUUAUUCCUACGGUGAGGAAUCCUACGGGGACGUCUACAUCCCGGACGCUGUCGCCCCCUGCCACUCCUGUAACCUGCUCGAUGACUCCUCGCUGCCCUUCUUCAUCCUGGCCAGCGUCCUGGGCAUUGUGGCUAGUGGCGCGGUCCUCUUGGCACUUUGCAGAUCUCCCUUCCACUGGCGGCUCUGCCCCAGUUGGCCAGUCCUGGCCCAGCUGGCUGUGGGAAGCGCCCUCUUCAGCAUGGCCGUGCCCAUUCUGGCCCCAGGGCUCAACAGCGCCCACAACCUUACCCUGUGUCGCCUGGGCUACUGGGUCUGGUACUGCUCGGCCUUUGCCCAGGCUCUACUGAUAGUGUACCACGCCUGCCUGGACCCUAACCUGGGGACAGGCCACACCUGGGGUCUCACUCUCGGCCUCUCCGUGGGGCUCUGGGGAGCAGCUGCUGUAUUAGGGCUGCCAAUCACCCUGGCCACGGACACGUCGUACGGCCUGUGCACCCUGGCRUCCAGCAGAGGCCUGGGGACUCUGCAGUCCAUACACGCUGCCAUCUGCUUUGGCAUCUUUGUCUUGCUGCCCCUGGGUUUGUUGGGAGCCAAGGGGCUGCGGAAGGCGUUGUACAGGGGGCCACGUCCCUGGAUCAGCGUCCUGUGGGUCUGGUUCGUUUUCUGGUGGCCUCACGGGGUAGUUCUGGGAUUCGACUCCCUGGUGAGGUCCAAGGUCCUGCUGCUGCCCACGUGUCUGGCUCAGCAGGUCCUGGACCUGGCCCUGCACCUGGCAGAAGCCCUGGCCAUACUGCACUGUGCCGUGUCUCCCCUGCUGGUGGCCCUGUUCUGCCACCAGGCCACCCACGCCUCCUUGCCCUCCCUGCCCCUUCCUGCAAGACGGUCUUCUCAUCUGGACACUUUUGAAGGCAAAUCCUCCCUCCCUUCCCACCUGUCAGCCUGAAUUAAAGUUUACCACGGCUUUUGGGAAGUGAGUAGUUUCUGAUUUUUGUCUGGGGAUGAAGAGG